UGGGGGCGGAUCCAAAAUGGCGGCGGUGGCAGUUGAGCUCCACACUGAAUGAAGUCAGCUGAUCUCAGUCUGCUGUCACGAAGCACGAACCAGCAUCGUUUUCACAACAAGGAACACAAAUAAAGAACCUCUUCACAACCUGACGCAGUCUCAAUAGAGAAGUCCAGACUGCCCGGUCUCCAGCCACCUCUUCCAAUUCCACUGGGAGGACACCAAGGCAUUCCAAGGCCAGCUUUGGAAGAUUAAAUCCACUCAAAAUGAACACAUCCAAGCUGCCCAAGAUCCGGGAUGAGGACCGAGAGAGCCAGUUUGGAUACGUGCAUGGAGUCUCGGGACCAGUGGUGACGGCGACCGCCAUGGCAGGGGCAGCCAUGUACGAGCUGGUGCGUGUGGGCCACAGUGAGCUGGUGGGGGAGAUUAUCAGGCUGGAAGGAGACAUGGCCACCAUUCAGGUCUACGAGGAGACAUCUGGCGUGUCCGUCGGAGACCCGGUGCUUCGUACUGGGAAACCUCUCUCUGUAGAGCUGGGCCCGGGAAUCAUGGGCUCCAUCUUUGAUGGUAUCCAGCGACCCCUGAAGGACAUCAACGACCUCACGCAAAGCAUCUACAUCCCGAGGGGUGUCAACAUCGGGGCCCUCAACCGAGACCUCAAAUGGGAGUUUUGCCCUAGCAAGAGUCUGCGGGUUGGCAGUCACAUCACAGGUGGAGAUAUUUAUGGGAUGGUGUACGAGAACUCUCUCAUUAGGCACAAGAUCAUGCUGCCGCCCAAGAACAGAGGCACUGUCACCUACGUGGCCCCGCCUGGAAACUAUGACAUCAGCGAUGUGGUGAUGGAGCUCGAGUUCGAGGGUGUGAAGGAGAAGUUCACCAUGGUGCAAGUGUGGCCCGUCAGACAAGUGCGGCCUGUCACGGAAAAGCUGCCCGCCAAUCACCCGCUGCUGACUGGACAGAGAGUUCUGGACGCCCUUUUCCCGUGUGUACAGGGAGGAACUACAGCUAUCCCGGGAGCUUUCGGCUGCGGGAAGACCGUCAUCUCCCAGUCCCUUUCCAAGUACUCCAAUAGCGAUGUCAUCGUGUACGUUGGAUGUGGGGAGCGUGGUAACGAGAUGUCUGAAGUGCUGCGAGACUUCCCUGAGCUGACCAUGGAGGUGGACGGCAAGACGGAGAGCAUCAUGAAGAGAACGGCACUGGUGGCCAACACCUCCAAUAUGCCCGUAGCUGCCCGAGAAGCCUCCAUCUACACGGGAAUCACGCUCUCGGAGUACUUCCGAGACAUGGGAUACAACGUCAGCAUGAUGGCUGACUCCACCUCUCGUUGGGCUGAAGCUCUCAGGGAAAUUUCGGGACGUCUGGCUGAGAUGCCUGCAGAUAGUGGCUACCCUGCCUACCUGGGUGCCCGCCUGGCCUCCUUCUAUGAGCGCGCCGGGAGGGUGAAGUGUCUGGGCAACCCUGAGAGGGAGGGCAGCGUCAGCAUAGUUGGAGCUGUAUCGCCCCCUGGUGGUGACUUCUCUGACCCUGUUACUUCAGCCACACUCGGUAUUGUUCAGGUGUUCUGGGGUCUGGAUAAAAAGCUGGCUCAGAGGAAACACUUCCCCUCGGUCAACUGGCUCAUCAGCUAUAGCAAGUACACUCGCGCCCUUGACGAGUACUACGACAAACAUUUUACCGAGUUUGUGCCGCUGCGCACCAAGGCUAAAGAGAUCCUGCAGGAAGAGGAAGACCUGGCUGAGAUCGUGCAGCUUGUCGGAAAGGCAUCACUGGCAGAGACGGAUAAGAUCACUCUGGAAGUAGCCAAACUCAUUAAAGAUGACUUCCUUCAGCAGAAUGGCUACACGCCUUAUGACAGAUUCUGUCCCUUCUACAAGACUGUGGGAAUCCUCUCAAAUAUGAUUGCCUUCUACGACAUGGCGCGCCAUGCGGUGGAGACCACAGCGCAGAGCGAUAACAAGAUCACCUGGGCCAUGAUCAGGGAGCACAUGGGGGAAAUCCUCUAUAGGAUCAGCUCCAUGAAAUUCAAGGACCCGGUGAAGGACGGCGAGGCCAAGAUCAAAGGCGAGUACGCACAGCUGCUGGAGGACAUGCAGAACGCCUUCCGCACUCUGGAAGAAUAGACGCUCCUUUUCGUUUUUUUGUUGUUGUCUCCAAUCCAUCACAUUCCGCCUUUUGUGCUUCCUCGUGCUCCAUUGUGAGUGAUGGUGUGUAUGUAUCUGUGUGUGUGGAGGUUAAGGAGAAAGAUGUACUGUAAUUGUUAUUUGAUGCCCUCAUGUCCUCAUGUUGUGGCGCACUCUGGAUCCUCUACAUGGUUGUGAUUGUGUGUCCUUUUUCUUGACGUCAUCCACACGGCGUCUAUCUGUACAGAAGACUAUUGAACAGUCACGAGACUAUGAGUAUUUAUUGCAACAUUUUGAUGUCUGAUUUUAUGCUUGUGUUUGUGUUGUGUACCGUUGCCGUGUGGCUGUGUACAAAUCGGACUGUGACACCCAGUGCGAUAUUUUCAUCAUGUGGCUCCCAAAGAAUUAAAAGAGUGGGGGGUAACACAAA